GUUGGGUUCGAGCUGUGCUGCUAGUCGCACGCAUGUUCGUUGUUGCUCCGCGCGGUCCUUCGUUUAUGCUUCUCAUCUUCUUUGGCCGACGGUUUCAAGUGUUGUUUUUCGAUUGUGUGCUUCGUGGGUAUUAUAAUAGAGAGCCGAGUUGGUGUGGUGUGUGCACCAGAAAGUAAAAUAAUAAUAAGAAAAAUAAGCUGUUUGCGGUGCGUGCUCCAAGCCGAUAUAAGACGCUUGCCGUGGUGUUUGUGAGCUGAUGUGGUGGAACGUAAAUACGUAGCAAAGUGCCUCCAAAUCCAGACUGAGCUGGCUGAGUAUAGAAAAUCUGGUCAGGCGUAGCUGACGGAAACCGUACAUAUGUGUGACGUGAUGGCAGCCAGUUCGGGUAUUGUAACGUGAGCUAAAAAUCAGGGAAAAUCGCAAGAAAACUAAACGACUUUUGGAUGUAGAGUUGGGUUGCGGUGAAAAUGUGUUCUGUAAAUACUGUUUAUUGUUUGAUGAAGUCGCCAAAGUAAGGAAACCUUCGGCGGAGAAUCCAGUGCUCUGUUUUCAAGGAAUUCUGUCGUUUGUUGGUGUGUGACUUCUUUUUUUUAUUAUAUUUCUAUGGAAAAGAACCUUCGACGCACAGUGGGAUACUGACGACUGCUGGCUAAGGAACGAUCCCGGCUGGAAGAAGAUACAGAUAAACGCAGGUUCCUGACCGAAGGAAUGGUGUGAGAAAACCUCCAUAUCAACAAUCAACGCGCCCGGAGAGCAGCAACCGUCUCCACAGCAGUCAAGCGAGAGAAAUUUGUUUCCAGUGGUGUGUGCGGCGCGGCGUUACGGUGUGUGUUGGUGGAAAUUUUGAAGAACCUGAACAUCGUCAAGUAUCGGUGCGCUGCUGCUCUACUCGGGCUUAGGAUCUCGUGCUGGAGACGUGUUUGGAAUCAGUGUGUUACCAUAAUAAUAAUAAUAAUUUCAUUCUUGACAAGUGAGUGAGAUAGAAGCAAAUUGUGGCUCAACUCCGCGCCGUAGGAAUAGUGAUUUUUAUUUUCCGAAACAUGAUCUGUGAGAAGAUCGCUAGAAUUGGUGCCGUUCGAGAUUUCGUUUUCUUCAAGGUUUUGUUGUAAAUUUUCGAUUGUGUUGUUACGACUAUCCCGUCUGUUAUGCUGCUAUUCGUCUAUCGGCCAGUGCUGCGGUACCGAGAAUGACGAGAUGGCCUACGGGCCGAAGAUAUCGCGUUUGUCGCGACCAACUGUCAUGCGACUUCCGACGGUCGGUGCUAACGGCCGGCAAUGGAUCCUGAUACUGUGGCUGAUGUUAACCGGAGUGGGGCUACUGCAGAAUGGUUUAUGUUCGGCCAGCAGCUUCUCGAACCAGCUGCUCUACACCACAUACAUCGACAUCCGGCUGGCGAAUGUCACCAUUCAGCAGAACACAACCUGCUCGGUGGAGAUCCUGGUUAAGGAUUUGAACGAGGCGUCCGCCAUGGACUUCUACUACGAGCGGGGGCUGGUUUGCUUCACCGAGCACAACUCGGAAACGAUCCAGUGCGCCCAGCUGAGGGGGGCAGGCGGUUUACUGCAAGCCGUCAACAAAACCACUGUGAUAACCAACGGGUUGGAUAAACCCGAAGGCCUAGCGAUAGAUUGGUAUACCGAUAAGCUUUACUGGACCGACGGCGAGACCAAUCGGAUCGAGGUCGCCACGCUGAACGGUAAGUUCCAGAAGGUGCUGAUCUGGAGUGAUCUGGAUCAGCCACGUGCCAUAGCUCUAGUACCUGCCAGACGCAUCAUGAUCUGGACCGAUUGGGGCGAAAGUCCAAAGAUAGAACGCGCCAGCAUGGACGGGGAUCCCCAGUCGAGGGUGAUCCUAGUACAAGAUCGGAUAUUCUGGCCCAAUGGGCUUGCGGUCGAUCUAGAUAAUGAACUGAUCUAUUGGGUCGAUGGGAAUCUUCACUUCCUGGACGUUAUGAACCUGGACGGUACUAAUCGAAGAACGUUAGUUAACAACCUAGACUACCCGUACAGCCUUACGUUUGCCCCUAACUUUCUCUUCUGGACCGACUGGCAAGACGGAACGCUACACUAUUAUAACAUUGCCGGUGAAAAGCACGAAGAAAUUCUCGACAGUCCGGUAGUGCCAAUCACUGUUCAUGCGUGGGACUCCCGUCUUCAACCAGCGGCAGAUAAUCCCUGUCGACGAAAUAACGGCAAUUGUUCACAUCUGUGCCUACUGUCCACGAAUAUGGCUGGCUACAGCUGUACCUGUCCUACGGGAGUCAAGCUCCUAACAAAAACACAAUGCGCCGACGGUCCCCAAGAUAUGCUAUUCGUUGUUCAGCGAACCCAAGUGAGUCGAAUAUCGUUGGAUUCCCCAGACUACACCAGCAUUCAGCUACAGCUUGGGAAGGUUCGAUACGCGAUUGCGAUUGACUACGAUCCGGUAGACAACUACAUCUACUGGUCCGAUGAGGGUUCCAAUGCGAUCAAGAAGGUCCGUCCGGAUGGUACCGGUAUGGUCGAGGUGGUCAACACCGAGAUCCAAAGCCCAGAUGGUUUAGCGGUGGAUUGGUUGGCACGGAAUCUAUACUGGACAGAUACGGGGACGGAUCGGAUACAGGUUUGCCGAUUGGAUGGAUCCUUUCGACGUGUUUUGAUCUAUGAGAAUCUGGAGGAACCGAGAGCGAUCGCUUUGGCACCCACGCUCGGCUGGAUGUUUUGGAGCGAUUGGAGUGAGAAGGAUCCAAAAAUCGAACGAUCUUCACUGGAUGGAACGGAGCGGGUGCUGAUCGUGCAGCAAAAUUUGGGGUGGCCCAAUGGAAUUGCGCUGGAUGUGGAGGCUCGGAAGAUCUAUUGGUGUGAUGCAAAGUUGGAUCGAAUCGAGGUUGCAAACAUGGAUGGUUCUGGAAGGAAUAUUAUCCUUUCGGAUAAUUUGCCACAUGCUUUCGGAUUGAGUCUGCUGGGAGACUUUCUGUACUGGACCGAUUGGCAGAGGAGAUCUAUCGAUCGAGCUAAUAAGUUGAAUGGCAAUGAUCGAACGGUGAUCGUUGAGGCAUUUCCAGAUUUAAUGGGGCUUAAGGUUGCAAAGUUACACGAGAACAAGGGCACGAAUCCAUGUGUGGCCAAAAAUGGCGGCUGUUCGCAGCUAUGUCUCAAUCGGCCUAAAGACUACGUUUGUCGUUGUCAGAUAGACUACGAGCUGGAUCGAGAUAACCGAACUUGUUUCAUUCCGUCAGCUUUCUUACUAUUUUCGAGACAUGACACUGGGAGUAUCGGAAGGAUUUCCAUCGAUAGUCACAACCACACCGACUAUGCUCCAUUUCGAAGUGUGAUAGACGCGCACUACUUGGACGUAGACAUAGCCGAUCGCAGAAUCUAUUGGGCGAGUCAAAAACAGAAGCACAUUUCGCGGGCCUACAUAAACGGAUCCAAUGUGGAAAAAAUCGUUGAAUCUGGACUGAUUCAACCUGAAGGAAUUGCUGUCGAUUGGUUAGCUCACAAUAUAUACUGGACAGAUUCGGACGCCCGUAGAAUUGAGGUUGCCAGAUUGGACGGUAGCAGUCGUAGAAUCUUGAUAUGGAAAGGAAUCGAAGAACCGAGAAAUUUGAUUUUAGAACCGCGCCGGGGCCUAAUGUAUUGGGCUGAAUGGCCAUCGGACUCCAUCCGCAGAGCCGUAAUGGAUGGAAGUGAGCUGAAGACUAUAAUUUCCGGAGCAAAUCUCGCAACAGGAUUGACGCUAGAUCCAGAGAGCCGCCGACUUUACUGGGCCAGCCAAAGCUCCCCGUCAGCCAUCGAAUCAGCCGACUGGGACGGUAACAAACGAAAGGUACUCGCAACAGCCGAUAGCGAUAACCCGUUCGUCCCGCAUGCCGUCACCUUGUACAAAGAUUUUGUCUACUGGAGCGAUUGGAACAGCGGUGAAAUCGAACGGGCGAACAAGACUACCGGUGAAAAUCGAACUAUCGUCCAUGAUAACCUCAAAUAUACGAACUCGCUGCUAGCUUUCCAUCCGAACCGGCAGUCCGGCUCGAAUCAAUGCCGAACGAAUAAUGGAGGUUGUACUCAUCUCUGUCUAGCGCUUGGUCAGCGGAAAAUGACCUGCGCUUGUCCUACUCAUUACAUGCUGAAUGCCAAUCGAGUGUCGUGCAGUCCGCCGAAGAACUACAUUAUAUUUAGUCAGCGAAAUUCUUUCGGACGAUUUAUGCCAAACACCACUGAUUCGCCGGAUGUUCCACUUCCGGUUACUGGAAAAAAUAUCCGAGCUGUGGAGUAUGAUGUGCUGACGCGUUAUGUAUACUGGAUUGAUGGUCGUGGACCGAUCAUCCGACGAGCGUUCGAUAACGGAACUAUAGCGAAGGUGUUUAUCGAUCCGGCCUCCUCUCCGUUCGACAUGGUAAUCGAUCCGAUAGGUAGACUACUUUUCUGGAGCUGUUCGCACACUAAUACCAUCAACAUAACAACAUUGGAUGGUGAUAUCGAUCGAAUUGGAAACGUUGACAUUGGCAAUUCGGAAAAGCCCCGUAGUUUAGCACUCCAUCCUACUAAGCGGUUGCUGUUUUGGACCGAUGUUGGACCAGCGCAAUCGAUCGUGCGUGCCAAGUUGGACGGAUCGCAACGGAAGGAGCUUGUUUCCAAGCUGGAAGGAAUAACGGCUCUAGCUUUGGAUCCGCAGAUGAAUCGAUUGUUCUAUGCGCAUGGAAAGCGGAUCGAUACAGUAGAUAUCGAAGGGAGAGAAAUCAAAACUCUGGUAUCGGAACACAUCAGCCUGGUAUCAUCGAUCGCCGCCCUAAACGGGUACAUCUAUUGGCUCGAUGAACGACCGGGCAUGGAACGUGUAUCGGUUCAAGGGGAAAGCCGCCGUACGGAGAUUCAGAAAAUCCCUCACAUCACCGACAUUGUAGCCGUCUGGACCCCGGAGGGCCGGGCUCUGCGCAACCAUACCUGUCAUUCGGCGCGGGCUAAGUGCAGUCACAUCUGCAUCGGUUCACCGGACGAUGCCAGGACGGACGAUAUCUGUGCCUGUCCGCAGGGUUUGAUGCUAAUGAAAGAUCGACGCAGUUGCGGGGCGCUUCCAGUUUGUGGACCGGAUCAUUUCACCUGUGCCGUGACCUUCCCCAGUAAUGGACUGGAUGGGGACAAUAAUAAGGAUUGUAUUCCGGUAUCGUGGCGUUGCGACGGUCAGAAGGAUUGUCCGGAUCGGUCAGAUGAGCUGGAUUGUCCGGCUUGUCGGGCGGAUCAGUUCAAGUGCCAGUCGGGUGAGUGCAUCGAGAAACACUUCGUUUGUGAUGGGACGACGCAGUGCUUGGAUGGAUAUGAUGAGGCUGUUUGCUGUAAAAAUCCAGAGGAUUUCCAAUGCCCGACAAGUAAGGUUUGUAUUUCCUACCAUAACGUAUGCGAUGGUGAUGAGCACUGCGCUAACGGAGAGGACGAGGCACCGGAACUUUGUACGGAGUACAACAAUAGGCGGAUGGCCCCCAGUGGAAGCAAGAUUACGAUGUUGAUCGUGGUGGUGAUCGCGGUGGCCAUCGUGUUCAUAGUAGUUUAUUUGUUACAAACCUGUAGAUCUAGGUUUGGUGCAGGUUCCUCCGAACCCAAGGAGGAUCAAGCAGCUGCCCCGUUGUCGCCCGGAGGAAUUAACAAAAACAUCCGAGUAUCUAAACUUAGUUCGGUGGCUGACGCGGUACGCAUGUCCACCUUGAACAGUCGCAACAGUACCAACAGUUACGAUCGAAACCACAUAACAGGGGCUUCCAGUUCCACCACCAACGGAAGCAGCCUCAUUGGCUACCCGUUGAACCCUCCACCAUCGCCAGCGACGACGGCUGGUUCGGCGAGGUACUCUUCCAGUUACAACCCGUACAAGCACUACAAAAUCAUCAACCAGCCGCCUCCACCGACGCCCUGUUCGACGGAUGUGUGCGACGAAAGCGACUCCAAUUACACGUGCAAGAGUGGCCGCAGUCGCGAUCGGAUCGGUAUGGCCGGUGGAAGUCUAGGCGGUGGCGGCACCAGCAGUAGUAGCGGUCGCGGUGGUGUCAAAUACAAAAACCACAACAGUGAUCGGUACGAUUCGGAACCGUAUCCGCCACCUCCGACUCCACGAUCGCACUACCACAGCGACGUCGGUGGAAUGCUACCCGAAAGCUGCCCGCCUUCGCCGAGCUCACGAAGUUCGACGUACUUUUCGCCACUACCUCCGCCGCCCUCGCCGGUACCGUCGCCCUCAAGAGGAUACUCAUAGCUGGGUUAGUUGUUCUAGAUUUGGUUAGUUUAGGGAACGCCGCUUGAGGUUAUGCGUUCGCAGCUUUCAUAGCCAAUUAAGCAUUUAAAUAGGUUACGUGUAGGAAUUUGAAUGACUUAACGUGUGUAAAUAUUUAUUUGUUUGUGACGGUUUUAAAGUUUUACUAGCAAUAUUAGACUUGUAGGCAUAAGAAUGUUGCAGGAUAUGUUCUAAAACGGACAUUGUUGCACAUUGGGCAAGGAUUGUAUAACGUCCUUGGAAAAGAAUCGGAUGCUAUUUUUGUGCCGAAAUACUUCGGCAGUUGUCUUUGUAGAAUUUAUUUUUUCGUUCGGAGUGAUUAUAUGAGAAUUGUUUUUGCGGGAAAAGACCGGUCAUGAUCAAGGAUUUAAUUGAUUUCAUUUUGAUCGGGCAGCGACUUCAAGGAAAUAAAACAUCCGUACAAUAAAAUAUUUUCCGUCUUCCAACGUGUCAAAAACUAUAGUAACAACUCUGUUUAAAGCUAGAAACAUUAUAUUGUAAGAACAAUGUGCCUUAUACAAUUACAAAUAAAAGAAAAGCUAGAGUUUUUCGACAGUUCAAAACAAUGAUCAAAUAUUUUAUAGGAAAGAAACCUAAUUGAAAAGUUGCUUGAAAUUAAACUAGUUGUAGCAUAGAAAGCGAAUUAGUUAAUGUUCAUUAUUGUGGGUAGUUAUUAGAAAGCAAACAUGAAAAAAAGAUUUCAAGGUAGCUACUUGACUUCUUCCAGCUAUUCGGUAACACCAGUUAGAGCAAUAAAGAGCACAUUUCUCGCAUAUCCCCGACAUACCGCUAGUAAGAGUCAUCAAUCUUCUCUUAGUUUCGAUAUGGUUUUCAUAGCUUUAGUAUAUAGUCGUAUUAGCUUUGAUUGACACUGACCCUCGCAAUAAUUGUGUGUUGUAUUAUAUCUGUAUACUUUAGUUGUCAUAUUCGAGCGACAAUUCAGCUACAGCGAAUAGAUAGUACACGAGAGAUGUGCUCAUAAGACUGACUUAAGCAGUGUAAAUUUUGGCAGGAUAUAAAGUUUUCACUAGACUUAGGACUAGUAUAGCGUUAAACUGUUCGUGUUUGCCAGCGGUGACCAAACAACGCAACGCAACGCGGAUGCCUCUUCAGACGAGCUUAAAAUACAUUUAGUUGAAACAUGUUUCAAGACUAUAUAAGAGAGAAUAAUAGUUUUGCAAAUUGUUGUACAAAAAUAUACAAAUUAAAUUGA